AUGAGUCAUGCCUACGGUGGCAUUGCUGGUGGGACUUCGUCUGCCCAACAGCCUGUGCGGCACGUGGCGUGCGUACGCCAGCCAAUGAGCGUCGUCUCAAUCCCACUUGCUGCCACCGCCUUGCAGAAGGCAGGCUCGCGUAUAAAAGGCCGCGAUUCGCGCUGCUGCGAGCCAGGACCGCCGGUCUUCCGCCGCACGCCGGGGGGGCGUUAUCCCCUGGCCAUCUUGGGCGAAAACCAGUGCAAUAACGAGCUGCCCUUCGGGCUCUCUGUACCAAACCAGGACUCUGCCACCUCGAAUUGGAUCUAUCUAGUCAGCUUUAUAGCGAUCUCACGUUAA